GUGAAAAUCCACUUAAAAUUGUUCGUUCUCAAGGAACAUAUAUGUAUGAUCAAUUAGGCAAUAAAUAUUUAGAUUGUAUUAAUAAUGUUGCACAUGUUGGUCAUUGUCAUCCAUAUGUUAAUAAUCAAGUUUAUAAACAAAUGAGUGCAUGUGCAACAAAUAAUCGUUAUUUACAUGAUAAUACUGUUAUUCUUGCUGAAAGAAUUACUAAAACAUUACCAAAAGGUCUUGAACAAUUUUUUUAUACAAAUUCAGGAUCUGAAGCAAACGAUUUAGCAAUUCGUUUAGCUAGAGAAUAUACAGGAAAUUAUGAUAUUCUUGUACUUGAUAAUGCCUAUCAUGGUCAUUUACUAAGUCUUGUUGAAUUAUCUAGUUAUAUGUAUAAAAAAAUGAUGAAUCAACAGAAAAUGCCCGAGCAUAUUCAUGUCGUCCCAACACCUGAUGUUUAUCGAGGAAAAUUUCGUGAUAUUGAUUAUAAUAAUAAUGAAGUUAAAUUAUGUCAAUUAUAUUUUGAUGAAGUUCGUCGAAUAGUUGAAGAAGCUGAAUCACGUGGACGUCGUAUAGCAAUAUUUUUUCUUGAAACAUUACAAUCAUGUGGUGGACAAAUUAUUUAUCCAAAAGGAUAUCUUAGAAAAACAUUUGAUUAUCUUCAAUCAAAAGGUAUUCUGUGUCUUGCUGAUGAAGUACAAGCUGGUUUUGGUCGAUGUGGUACACAUUUUUGGUCAUUUCAAUCAUAUGAAGAAGAUCUUAUUCCUGAUUUUGUUACAUUAGGUAAAUCAAUGGGUAAUGGAUUUCCAAUUGCUGCAUUAGUAACUCGUAG